UAUCGAUAGGCACAUCGAUGACAGUCACUGAAAUGCUGCAAUCAGAUUUUGGCGCGCCAAAGCAGCUGUUGUUUUUUGCUUAGGAGGUUUUGAGGCUUUGAUAAUUCAUUCGUUAACGAAAUAGAUAAUGCCCUGUGCCAUGGAGCUGCCGAGCACGCCUGAUGAACUGACCGCCCAGCAAGCGGACAGCGCUGCCCUCAAGGACCUGCUCAAGGAUCCCAGCCGCUGGCACGCGAUUCCCCUUCUCAACUACACGCCUUUGCACAAGCUGAAGGAUCAGACUUUGGUGCGUUUUCGUGGCAUGAUCCAGAACGUGAUGGACCCGGAAAUGUACCUGGAGCGCUUUGAAGUGAAGUCCCCCGACGGCAGCAAACGUGUGCAGGAAGGAAAGUACAGGGACUGCUUGAAAAUGGCCACUGGCGAAAUGAUCGACUACAACGCCGAUGGAAACGUGUAUGGAGAGAGGAUAACCUUGUUCGUGGUCUCUGUGCCUGGCUUGAAUGACUGGAGCAAGGAGCACGAGAAGCAGUGCUGUCCCCAGAUCGAUUUGGUCAGUCUGGGUCCAUCUCCCAGUUCAGCAAAAAAGCGGGCUAUUGUGGGCGAACAGGAAGCCAUGGAGGUGGACGGUGCGAGCGAAACCACCUUUAAGCGUCCGUGCCUAAAAGAUAUUCAAAAAGAUAGCGAGCCACUGGGUGCCUCCCAUUCCUCUGUUCUUAGCUCUGAAUACCUGAUAAACUCGCCUCUGCCUAAUCGUCCCAGCAUGGCAUGCAUGGUAAAGGUUUACGAGGAGUUCGAUACCUACCAGCUUAACUCCCUGGUCGACUUUGUGGGCUUUCUGUCAGUGGAUGCCUCGCUGGACGCCUCUACGCUGGACAUAGACGAUUGCGAAAAUUUGAGUGAGCUGCAGGCAACACAUCCAUCACCCCUUCUUAUACCCCGCCUGCAUGCCUUUGGCGUCCAGGUGCUACCGCAUGCCAAUCCGCUGCUGGACAAAAGCCUUCGACAGCCCACGGAAAUAUGUGAGGAGACGACGUAUCCAACCCAGCUCGCUGUGCACAAAGAUCUGCGCAUGCUUCUUAAACUCUGCCUCUUUGAUGACGAUCUGGCUGCCGAGUAUCUGCUCUCCCAUCUAAUAUCCACGGUCUAUAGCCGUUUUAAGAUGCAGAGCAUCGGCAAGUUUGCCCUUAACCUUUGUAAUCUGCCUAAGGAAUGUGAAGCAUAUGCAACCAAGUUGUAUAAAAUUCUAGAGCUGUUAUUGCCAGCCAGUCAUUACUUGCCCAUGACCCUCGUUACAUUAAACACGGCUGCUUUUGCCCCGAAAAUGGACUACGAGACCAACAAGCUAGUUUCCGGUGUACUACAGUUGGCUCCUCAUACGCAUUUGGUGCUCGACGAGACCUGCAUGCAACAGGGCAAGCUGGAGGCCAAUGGGGUUCAUGCUAUCCAGUAUUUAGCACACUUGAUCAAUAACCAGGAACUAAAGUGUGACUUCCAGUUUUACCAAAAAGACUUCCAUGCAAACAUUCCAGUUCUCGUUCUUAGUGAAGGACGAAGUAUGUUGCCGAGCGAUUUUGUGCUACCCAUUAAUGCUGAUGCUAAGGCCGUGGAACUCCUUGAUGAAUCUCUAAAGGCAGCCCUCCACAUUAUGCAACCAUCACGUCUGCAGCAAUUUCGCAAGUACUUAACCACAGCGAGAACUAGCAGCUUCAGUGUCAGCGAGGAGCACACUGAAAUGAUCCAGCAGGACUUCGUGGAUAUGCGCAAAGCUAAUGCCAAAAUUAAUGGCGAUGAUCUGCACGGAUUGCUGGUCCUCUCGCGGCUGCUGGGCAUCGCUCGAGGCAAGGAUACGUUAGACAAAGAAACAUGGCAGCUGGCUAGGGAGUUCGAAGCAAAGCGUCGCCAGCGUAUUCAAUCUCUACCAAAAUCAUCUGCCCAAUUGCGCAAUUAGGAGGGCCUCUCUACUAAAAAAAUGUAAUACUAAGUUUUUAAGAAUAAAAUAAAAUAUUCAAAAAUU